GCACGGCAGGACUGGCACGGCAGGACUGGCACGGCCCGUGUCCCCGCAGAUGCUGUGACAGCCAUGUCGGACGAGAAGCCGCCGCAGCUCGUGGAUUACUUCGUGGUGGCCGGGCUGGCGGAGGCGUCGCGGGCGCUGGAGGAGGAGCAGCAGCCGCGGCCGGCGCGGCCCGGGGAGCCCAUCACGGACGUGGCCGUGAUCAUCCGCUCGCAGGGCGAGGAGGUGCCCCAGGGCUUCACCUGCAUCGAGACCAGCACGUCGGGCCACCCCGUGGACCUCAACGCGGGGCUGCUCAACAACCCGCAGAUGUUCCUGUGCUACAAGCGCGGGAGGGACAAACCCCCCCUGAUCGAGCUGGGGGUGCACUAUGAGGGCAAGGACCGCCCGAAGCCGGGCUACCAGAUCCUGGACACGACCCCCUACAGCCGCUCGGCCAACCUGGCCUCGGGGUCGCCGGGCCACCAGCGCACGUUCCUGACGUUCCGGCGCGCGGCCGAGCCCCCCGGCCACCACACGCUGGGGGUCACCGACAUCUGCCUGGUGAUGCCCAGCAAGGGCGAGAGCACGCCCCACACCUUCUGCCGCGUGGACAAGAACCUCAACACCAGCAUGUGGGGCCCCGCGUUGUUCCUGUGCUACAAGAUCGCCGUGGCCAAGGACAACACGCUGGUCUACGAGGCAGGGCUGCUGAGCCGCUACCCCGAGCAGGACAGCGAGUCCUUCCCGCUGCCCGAGUCGGUGCCCGUGUUCUGCCUGCCCAUGGGGGCCACCAUCGAGAGCUGGCCCGUGGGCACCAAGUACCCCCUGCCCGUCUUCUCCACCUUCGUCCUCACCGGCGCCUCGGGGGACAAGGUGUACGGCGCCGCUAUCCAGUUCCACGAGGCGUUCCCGCGGGAGCGGCUGUCGGAGGCGCAGGCGCUGCGCCUGGGGCUGCUCAGCGUGGUGGACCGGCGGCCGGUGCCCGGGCGCUCCCUGCACACCCGCAAGAGCAUCUGCGUCCUGUCCCACUGGCCCUUCUUCGAGGUCUUCCGCAAGUUCCUCAUGUUCAUCUACCGCUACUCCAUCUCGGGCCCCCACGUGCUGCCCCUGGAGACGCACAUCUCCCACUUCAUGCACAACGUGCCCUUCCCGUCCCCGCAGCGCCCGCGGAUCCUGGUCCAGAUGUCCCCGUACGACAGCCUGCUGCUGUGCCGGCCCGUGUCCUCGCCGCUGCCCCUCAGCGGGGCCAGUUUCCUGACGCUGCUGCAGAACCUGGGCCCCGACAACGCCGUGGCGCUGCUGGUGGCCGUCCUCACCGAGCAGAAGCUGCUCAUCCACUCGCUGCGCCCCGAUGUGCUGACCAGCGUGGGCGAAGCCCUGGUGGCGUGCGCCCUGCGCGGCUACCGCUCCUUCCUGCGCCCCAUCGCGCCCGCGCCCGCCCCGGCCGGCCGCGACGCCGGCAGCCUCUUCGCCCUGCAGGGGUUCCUGCGCUCCCGGGAGCGGGCGUACCAGCGCUUCUACGGGCAGCUGCUGCGCACGCAGCUCUUCACGCAGUUCAUCGAGGACUGCUCCUUCGCCAGCGACCGCGAGCCCUGCCUCGAGUUCUUCGACACCUGCGUCGACAAGGAGAUGAAGGUGGCCCAGCGGGUGGCCCAGAAGUCGUCGGCGGUGCCGGAGCUGUGGGCGCGCUGCCUGCUGGGGCACUGCUACGGCCUCUGGUUCCUGUACCUGCCCGCCCACGUGCGCGCCGCCCCCGCCAAGCUCCGCGCGCUCCAGCUGGCCUACGACGUCCUGCGCAAGAUGGAGCAGCACAAGGUGGUGCUGCCCGACGAGGUGUGCUACCGCAUCCUGAUGCAGCUGUGCGGGCAGUACGGCGAGCCCGUGCUGUCCGUGCGCGUGCUGCUGGAGAUGAAGCGCGCCGGCAUCGUCCCCAACACCGUCACCUACGGCUACUACAACAAGGCGGUGCUGGAGAGCAAGUGGCCGGCGGGGACGCAGGGCGGGCGGCUGCGCUGGGCCAAGCUGCGGAACGUGGUGCUGGGGGCGGCGCAGUUCCGGCAGCCGCUGCGGCAGCGGCAGCGCCGCGGAGACCCCCGGGGUGACCGGGCCCCGCGGCCGCCGCUGCAGCGCCAGACCAGCUGGGCGGGCCGGAGCCUGCGGGACGCGGCGCCGCGGCUGCUCAAGAGCGGCAGCCUCAGUUUCCCCGGCGGCGCCCGGGAUGGACGGGACGGCCCGCUGCUGCUCCCCGCCACCCCCGGCCCGCCGCGCUCCGCCGACGGGAGCCUCUCGGACAUCGCCACCGACGACAGCGGCGGUGACGAGGGCCCGGCCGGGGCUCCCGGGGGCGGUCCCGGUGGCCGUCCCGGUGGCGGUCCCGGUGUGGCCACCCCUCGCCGGGGGCUGGCGGCCAAGCUGCAGCAGCUGCUGUCCCCCGGCAAGCGGCCCGCGGAGCGGCCCCGGGAGCUCGGGGCUCGCCGGGGCUCGGAGCCGCCGGACCCGGAGCGCCCGUCCCGCUGCAGCCCCGCCGAGAGCCUGCGGCAGCCCCGGGAGCGCCCCGAGUCCACGGCGUCCGAGAGCUCCGUGUCCCUGGGCAGCGAGCUGGACCUGUCCGACGCCUCGGGGGGCAGCAGCGGGGCCCCCAAAUCCGCCGAGCCCUCCGUGGAUGGGGCGGCGGGGACAGAGCCCCCCGCCCUGGAGGUGCUGCUGUCCAGCUGCUCGCGCUGCCCCGGCUGCGCCGCGCUCGUCUUCGACGAGGAGCUGAUGGGUGGGGAGAAGAACCCUCAGUAUUAA